UCUACAGUCUUAGUCGUAUAUUAAUGUCAACACUCCGUUCGUCUUAGUUUUUCCUUUUGAGCAUUUGAUUUGACUCAUUUAAUAUCAAGCUUCUUAAUUUUAUAAAAUCAAAUAUUUUCCUAUGUCCUCUAUAACAGUAGUCCAUUAUAGAAGUCGACAAUGAUAUCAUAAUCAUCAGCCAAUAAACUAAAUAUUGGGAAAAGUUAUGGCUGGCUUAUACUCAAGUCCUUGGAAAAUAAAAGAAGAAAACGUCAACACAGAUAUUGGGUUCGAUCACUUUUAUUUGGAAGAGUGAACGAUGGUGCUGCACAAUUGAUGAAUUAUUACUUUCGUUUACUAACUUAGUCUAGUAUUUAAGUACAGAAUUCGUAUUCAGAUUUCGUAAAUUCGUAAUUCGUUUUCAGGCACAACACGACCGUUUCCACUAAACAGACUCGAGUUUCAAAACACAUCGAAACCUUUUGAUGUUACCGCUUCCGAGCGGGACACAAAAAACAAAACUCCAACUGUCGCAAAAUACGUUGGGUCUUCAAAAUGUUUGCGAAAAGUUCCAGUUUUGUUUUAUUCGACACGAGUUUGUGUUUUGUUUUUGUUUUGUCCGUUUAGUGGAAAACCGGCAUAAUACAUUCUACGUAAACAGAUUUGUUAAUGUUAAGAUACGUGAUGAAAUAUUAUUACUUAAUACCAUUGAUUGUAGAAUAGACGAUAAAAUACACGAUUGCGCGUAGUCGGUGUUCAAACAAUCGCAGGACGAGUUUUAUUUUUCUCCAAAUCUAUUUCGGUAGAAAUAACGCCGGUAACGAUUUUCAGUCGAAUUUUAGUCCGACUGAUAGGUUGUUCAAUAUUAUGGAAUGCACGUGGUGGGUGCAUUAAAAUUUGUGAUAAGAACAUAAGCUGUAUUAUAAUUAAACGACAUUUCAGAUAAAAAUUUGAUUUUCCUUUAUUCAUUCACGCCACCUAUCGGCGGACAGCAACCCAUGUUAGCAUAACUUUGGUAGCCGAAAACCACAUACCGAGGAUUAUAUGAUGUCUAUGAUCAAUGAUAUUAACAUAAUAUAGUUACGACAAUCGUCAUUGUUGUCAAUUUCACGUUUUAUAAAACUACAUUAUGUAUACGUAUUUACUGAUUUGCUGAUACACAUUACCGAUUAUCGGCUGGAAUAUCCACCUGGAUUAUCCACCGAAGGCCAAAAUCGAAUUCCUAUUAUAGUAUAAUUGUAAUCAUCGAAAUAAACACACAUCGCGACAGCCAGCUGUUCGUAUUAUUAAUAUUUUAACUUUUCACCGAUAUCGGAUUGGGUUGAGAUUAUUACAAGAAGUGGUGUGAUUUUACAAACCGACCGAAUAAUAAACACGAUCAUUAUUAAUUGUUACACUUCAACGUUCCUUUUUAGUAGGUACAUGUAGCCUUACGGGUAUGUCUUUGUUGACCAGACUUUAACGUUCAAAAUUAAAUGGAAAACUGUGAAUAAACAAUAUUUUAGAUCAAUAAUCGCUGAUAAAAAUAUAUCUAAAGCCAGAGUGUCAAAAGUUCAAGCAGAUUUAAUGAAAAUAAUUAUUUCGACAAAUUACGGAAAAAUAGUUUGCUUUGAAGUGACAUAAGAAGUACUUAUGGAUCCAAACAAUGAACCCAUAUCUCUGCAAUAAUGAAUUUUUGAUUUUAGUGAUUUAUUGAUCGAAUUCUUAUUUAUUUUGUAUGCCAUAUCAAUUACCUCGUAACUUAAAAUGUUUGGUUGUGACAAGUGUCCAGCUACGUUUCUCCACAGGUACAGCUUAACUAGACAUAUGGUAGCUCAUAGCGAUGUUCGUUUUGAAUGUGAAAUAUGUAAAUCGCUGUUUAAAUACAAGACCAAUCUUAAGCGACACGAAAGAAAUACUCAUCAUAUUAUACGUAAUACGAGACAGUAUAUAACGGCAUAUAAUGUAACGACUGCAGCUGGUUCGUCGAGUGCACGGAAUUGGAUAGACUUAACUGGAAACAGUGACGUUGAAGAUGAUCCGAACAAUGUUAGAUUGGGCCAAAAUUCGGUCGCCACUAAAGCAACUUCACUACAAUCAAACAAUCAAGGUGAUCUUACGUGUAUGACAUUCAAUAUGAACUCCCUCAAAUCUGAACGGAUUGAUCAGAUAGUAUCAUAUACGUGCAAUUUAAAUUCAAAUGUGUGUUUAUGUGGAUAUUGUACAACUUUAGACAUUAAAUCUGAAAAUGAACAAAACAAUGUGCACAUCGAGUAUAAACCAACUAUCCGUAUGACUGUAGAUAGCACGGUUGGUGAAGGGAUGGUGAUCAAACGCAAUUCGUCAGAAGUAAAAUUGGAUAAAAAAUAUAAAAAACGCAACAAUUCUAGCAACAAACUACUGACAUUAGCAGACUUGGAUGCUCACAAAAUUCCUGAAGAACGUUACAAAAUGGCCAAAGAGUACAUUAUCGUACAACACAAAAAAAUCAAAUCAUUAGAAAAAACCAUUAAAGAUCUCGAAAACUGUAUUGGUGUGAUGAAUGACGAGUUGAUUCGAUAUAAGACUGAAUUUAAAAAUAAAUUAACUUAAAAUGAAUUAUUAAACAAUGUAUGUAAUAUUAUUAGUAUGGCAUAUUUUAUUAAAGUAAACAACUGAUGUGUGUAAUUUAUACAUUCCUAUAAAAUCUAUUUUAUGUUUAACAAUUUUUUUU